AUGCCACAAUACUCAUCCGUUAAAAAUUUCUCCAACAGCAGCGAUUACUCUGCGUCUGACACAGACCAUAGUGUAGAGCUGGAUACGGAUCUGACAGACAUAGACGAAUUUGCCGACAAAAACGAAAAGAAUGAAGCAUGGGUCUUCCCCAACGACGAUCAUCCGCCUGAAUACUACCUUCAACAACUGGAGAAUUUCAACGAACAAGAAUACAUCAAAGAAGACUAUAAGGAAAGCAGUACUCGCUUGCUCAAUCGUAUGGAAGAUCAGUGGAACCAGUGCUGGACGUACCUCAAGAAAGACUAUUAUCGUGCUUACGCAACCGUAUCGGUUAGGACUUUAUACACAUUCUUUGACUGGCUACUUAGCCAGCGCCAGGGCAAAGGUGGGAGGAAACGCCGAGGAACCAAAUUCUCUAGCUCCCUAGGAACGUACUGGAAGGUUUUCCGGCUUGUGUAUGAAAGAGCAACUGGUGUGAAACUAGACGGAAAGAUGAAUCGGAGCAUGCAUAAGGUACUAAGGAAGCUGGCGAAGAAACACGAUCUAAAGAAGAUCGGUCGAGAUAAAGCCUGCAUGUAUGUCGAGGAUCUGGCUCAAGUUCUGCAAACGAAUCUAGUAACAACCGAAAAGAGAUAUCCUCACGGUCGCUAUAGGAUACAAGCCCAGCUCUAUCUACAACUUGGUGGGUUUACAGCGAACCGGCCCCAGGCUCUCCUCAGUCUCUGUUAUCGCCAUAUACAAGUUACACUUCUACGUGAUCCUGAGGGUGGCCCUCAUCGAGUACUGCUGGAGUUCACUUUUGAAUUUACAAAGGAGUUUCUUGGUAUCAAAGACCUGAACACCUUCCCCCUUCCUGAGAUUAUGUUCGAUCAGACGCUCCUCUUCAGUCCUCACGUCUUCCUCCUCGGCCUGCUCUUCCGCGAUCGGGCGUUUGCAGCCUAUAAUCUAACCUCGCCAGAGGAAUUGAGCAGACUCAAGAUUCCGCCAGGCCGCAAUGAGCUCCCAUUACGCCUGAAUCGGACGUUGGACAAUGUUCCCGUGUUUCGGAAAGCGGUGCAGACUCUGAAUGGUUGGGAUAUCUCCCCUACCGAACCUCUCCCCUACUCCACCCUACUUCCAUGGAUCCGGACUUUGGGUGAGAUCACGGGAUUUGCUCAAGUCACCCGUCCUUAUUCGCUGAGAUACGCCGGAGGGAAGGCGUUCAACGAAAACGGUAAUGUUAGUGAGGCUAUGCAGAACCUGAUGAUGGGUCAUGCCAGCAUCGCGACAUUUUUGAAGCAUUACCUUUCGCGACGUAUUACAGUUGAUACGCAGGCUGUUGUAAGAGGCAUCCAGCCGCAAGCAGCCCUCAUGCGGUCGGCUUGUACUAUGAGCCGCUCGAUUGAUCGUCGUCGACCACGAAGACUCACGGAGGAGCAGUCUGCAUCUGUAGACGAUGAUCCUUCUAUCUGCUCUCUUCUCAACCAACGAGAGCGCCUCAAACGUACCGUUCGUAAUGCAACAAAACAGCCCAAGUACAAAGCGCUCACCACCAAGAUUAACCAGGAGAGGCAGCGUCGGCGGCACGCCCUCCUCAAGGACGUUAAAGAACGGUGGGAGUUUGAGCAGCCUGUGCGUGAUGUCGAGCGGCAGCUUGCUGGGUUAGAAACUAAUGAUGAUCUGGAGCUGGUUCACGACAUUAUGCUCCCAGCCCAAGAAAAGCUAUGCGACUCAGUCUUGUCGAAACCAGGAGCCACUAUGGAAGGGGAGGUCGCCAGGCGUAAUUGCGCUAUCCAUGCGGUCACCCUAUAUUGUGGCAUGGAAGAGGGGGGGAUGAACCCUGUCCGAAAAGGGGACCGAAGCAGGAACGCUGCCCUACCCGCCAAGAGCCAACCAGGAUACGAGGAAGAAGCAGUAGAGUUAGCCAAAGUCUCUGUGUACAAGGAAAAAAGGCCGAGGGUAUGUUUCCUUUGCCUAGGCAAUGAAGGGCUGCCGCUGGCACAGCGCAUAUAUGCUUUUAGCACUCCAGGCGAUCUUAGCAAGCAUUUUGGACGCAAGCACCUAAAAAACAUGCAGAGUGGGAGGGAUCUUGGCUGCAAGCUUUGUAUGGUGCCCUUGGUAGACAAGACGCACUUGCAACGACAUGCUCAAGAAAUUCACGGAACUGUGUCCCCUAGACGUUCUUAUAGUUGCUGCUAG